AUGAAGAAGGUUGAAGAUGGUAAAAAGUUGUACGUGAACGGUGAACUUGGGUUCUUCCCAUCCUCCUCUGUUCUUUACAAUAAUAAACUUCAUGAUGUUCAAAACAUCACCGAUGCAAUUCAUGAAGGCAAGCUGCAUCAUGGUGAAGAUUGGCACGAGUCUGAUUCUGUUAAGCAUUGGACCUACGUCAUAGAUGGGAAGGUAACCACAUGUAAGGAGAACAUUGAAGUCCUUGAUGAAGAGAAAAAAUCAAUGACAUUCAAUCUCUUCGAAGGGGAUGUGGAACAGCACUACAAAAUUUUAAAGAUCAACCUGCAAGUAAUUGAUAAGGACGAUGGGGGUGCAAUUGCUAAAUGGAGUAUUGAAUAUGAGAAGGUUAACGAGAAUGUUGAACCUCCUUAUGGCUACUUGGGCUACCUAACCAAGCUUUCUAAAGAUACAGAUGAUCAUAUUCUUAAGGCAUAGCACCAAAAGCCUUGAAAGAAAAUAAUAAAAUAAAUGGAACUGGCGUUAUUAAUUUCCUAUAUGAUCACCAGUGCCUCAUUAAUUAAUUAAGUUUGAUAUGAAUAAUGAGGAUGCUUAUAUGUUUAAGCUUUCUUCUCUUGUUCCUUCUCUUGUGAACUUGGAGAUGCAUGUCCUUGUAUUGUUGUAUUGUGUGUUAAAUUAUAUCUUUAAGGUUCUCACUUGGAAUAAAAUGCAUGUAUUCACGUUUGAUAUUGUUAAUUAUAGGCUUAAAUAUGUUCGAGGUCCCCGAACUAUAGCACGAAAUUGGUUUUCGUCCCUAAACUAAAUUUUCGUUGUUUUUCAUCGUUUAA